UGCGAGGAACUGGCCAAUCGGAUAACUGGGAUGAAAUAGUCGGCCCAGUAGCUUUGCCUCAAGGGCUUUCGGGAAGGAGAAAAAGGAAAGGGAGGGGGAGAGAGGAGGAAGGGCGUGACGUCAGCGUCUCUCCGCAGCUCGGUGAGGAACCUGUUUGCUCCGGGCUAAGAGGUGGGAGCCUAGCAGAGAUUGGUUACCUUGGUUACCUAGCCCCCCCGGGGCGCGCCUACGCAGGCCGAGCCAACUGGGGAAUAUGGAACCGCUAGUAUCACGCAGUGGCUACAUUUGUAAUUCACCGACGCCAAAUUAAAAAUAAAUUAAAUUAAAAUCGCGCAAAGCACUAUAUAGCGUACAUAUCAAUUAAUAGGGAAGAAACAGGUCCCCAGGAGAUAAAUCAUCGGAAGAAAGAGCUGGAAGGGUCGUUAAAGAGGAUUUCUAACCCCAAACAGUCAUUUUACAGGUCCCAGGCCUCGGGCCCAGCCCCCCACCCGGACAUGCCCGCUGGCACGUCGUGGCCCUCCUACCUGAAAAUGGUGGCCGCCAGCAUGGCGGCCAUGCUGGCCGGGGCGGAAGUGGUGCACAGGUACUACCGGCCCGAUCUGAGUAUCCCUGAAAUCCCGCCGAAACGUGGUGAACUCAAAACAGAGCUGCUGGGGCUGAAAGCCAAACAUAAGGAAGAUCAGAUUUCUCAGCAGCAGUGAUCUGAAGGAGCAGCAUUGCACUGGAGGACUUUCACUCCGUUUUUAUUCGUACAGGCCGUCAUUUUCCUUGUCCAAAUGCACUCAGGAUACUCCAGGAACGUUAAUCAAUUCAGCCAUAAUUGUGGUUUGACAAGCGUCAUCUAAGAAUUGUUUGCAUGAACUCUCCUCAGGCUUUGUAAUGUAGUAUGGGAGGUAUAUCAGUCGGUCCUGGGGAUAAUGUAAAUUACAUGUAAACC